AUGUUCCCUACCAUGUACCCUAACAACUUCUACUACUCCGAAGAUCCCGUUACCCCGUGCUAUGUCUAUAGCUCGUUUACUCAGAUGUAUCAUGUGUAUGGGAGUUCUAAUGCUUCCACGGAGCAAUACUAUUCUUCCUAUAAUCAUCAGCAACCGGUGCAGUACCCUGUUGCAAACCAGGCAGGAUUUCCUACUUUGCCUCUCGAAGCCGAAGCGGUAUUCCCUAUUCAAGAUACCCAACCCUACGGAUUUGCCGGUGAUGGAGCGGAAUCGCUCUAUAUUGCUGAUGGUUCGGAAUAUGCGAACAACCCACUAGAGAGCCAAUAUUCUGAUUCGAAUCUCUACGCCACGAAUGAAACUUUACCGUCCAAUAUUGGCGAUAUUACCAUCCCGUACAUGGAAGACGAUGAUUUCUAUCCUGGAAUCCUUGCUCCAUCUCAUCAAAAAGGACGCGAACCAGUUCUGCUCUAUCGAAUCCCGAGAACUGAUCUCUGCUAUGUUUACAUCCUUUUUACUGGGACACAUGGAGAGAAGACGACUUAUAUUUGCAAAGAGUGCUGUUUAUUAAACAAAUUUGUACCUGCAGAGGUUACCAAUCUGUGCUACUUCGUCGAGGAUCCUAUACGUGCCGGCCAUAUUUGCCAUCCAAGGAGGUUCCGGAAAGAAAUGGAAGCUCGCAAAGCAGUUAUGGCUCUCUAUCGAUCAGGACGUGAUGAUUCCGGGCUGGGAGACAGUUUCAACUGA